GGAAACCAAGCAGAAAAGGUCAGGUCAGCUUUUGCCAUGUUUGAUGUUAGUUUUUCCAUGAUGGGAGCUCCCUCUCCUCUCCCUUUUGCUGGAGUUUUGCAAUUAAGUUGAAGGUAAUCAGCAAACCAGAGAUGAGGGGCUGUGCUCAUGGGGGUGGGCUGGGACACCACUGGGUGACACAGGGAGCUGUGAAACCUCAGUGGCAUGAAUGAAACCCACCAAAUAAGAAGAAAGAAGGUCUCACUGUACCUGCACAGGUACCAGGGCCCCAGUCUAUCAGUGCCUGCUCUGACACUGCUGCUGCCCCCCUUUUUAAGCUGCAAAAUCAGUGCUGGGCUCUGCACCUUGAGCUGCUCAGGGCUCAGGUGUUGCUUACCCUGAUGUCCUUGGGUACUGCUCACCCCUGCACUCUGGGGUUUAUCCCACCUGCUCAGCUAUUGCUCAUCCCCCCAUCCUGAGGUGCCACACAUCGCUGGGUCCUUGGCUCCUGAUCAUCCCUGCAUCCUCAGGUUCAUUCUCCCAUCCUUGGCUCCUGCUCAUCCCUGCAUCCUCAGGUUCACUCUCCCAUCCUCGGUUCCUGCUCAUCCCUGCAUCCUCAGGUUCACUCUCCCAUCCCUGGGUACCCCUCAUCCCCCCAUCCUUGCCUCCUGCCCCCCGGUGUUCCCCUCUCUCCCGGGCACCGCUGCCCGCCGUGUCCCCCACGCAGACCAUCCCUGGCUCAGUGGCGGGGCCAUCCCCGGUGACCCCUGGGCCGAGGCCUGGCCGCAUGCCCCGGCCCCAUUAGGCUGUGAACGGCUGCCAAAUGCUCCCAUCAAUAUUUCAUGCGGCUCCGGGCGAGGAUAAAGCGCGGCGCUGCGGGCGGGCGCGGAGGCGCAGCGGGCGGAUGGCGGGCGGCCGGGGCCCGGGGCCGUGCGGCCGGGCCGGCUGCCCCGGGGCGGGGGUCGCGGCCGGCCCGGGGGCGGUGGCGGGGCCGCCGUGGGUGCCGCGGGCGCGGUGGCUGGCGCGGAGGCUGGCGGCGCUGCUGGUGCUGCUGGCGCUGGUGGCCGCGGGCUGCGCGCUCCGCCGCCGCGCCUGCCCCGCGCCCCGCCGGCCGCGACCCCCGGCCCGCCGCGCCCCUCCCGCCCCGGGCACCGCGGGCAGCGCCGGCCCGCCGGGACCGCCGCUGGGCGCGGGGCUGCCGCACCUGCCCAGCUACGAGGAGGUGAAGCACCUGCCCAGCUACGAGGAGGUGAAGCACCUGCCCAGCUACGAGGAGGCGCAGCGCUGCCCGCCCGCGGAACGCGGGGACGCGCGGCUGAGCCCCCCGGCCCGGCCCGCUGCGCACCCGCGGGCACCGCGCUGAGGGGCGCGGCGGGAACGGCACCAUCAUCAUCAUCACCAUCAUCAUCAUCAUCAUCACCAUCAUCAUCAUCAUCACCAUCAUCAUCAUCCUCAUCCUCCUCCUCCCCCGGACCCCCGGGAGAGACAGCGGACAGUCCCAGGUGUGCCGGGAGGGAUGCGACGCCAGGAAGCAGCAGCGUUCCCUGGUGGGACAUUGGGGAUUCCCGGGAAUGCUGCACACCCCAGGGUGACCUGCCAGGGACACUGGGGAUGCCGGGAAUGCUGCGCACCCCAGGGUGACCCGGCCCUGCAAAGGGACCUGCCGGGGACACUGGGAUCCCGGGAAUGCUGCGCACCGCAGGGUGACCUGCCAGGGACACUGGGAUCCCGGGAAUGCCGCGCACCGCAGGGUGACCUGCCAGGGACACUGGGAUCCCGGGAAUGCUGCGCACCGCAGGGUGACCCGCUGGACACCCGGCUCUGCAAAGGGACGUGCGGGAUUCCUGAGCACCUGGAGGGAUGGGACACGGCACAGCCCUGGAAGGAGUUCCACGAGGAAGGAGACUUGGGGACAUCCCCUCCAGUGGGACAGCCGGCCGCAGUUCGGUGCAGCGUUCCCCUCACCGGGCUCGGUUCCUCGGGAAUUCGGGGCUCGCUCGGCUGCGGGGCUUUGCCGUGGGCACGCCCGGGUGAUCCUCACCCCACGGGUCCAGAGGGAGUUUUGGGACAGCCACAUCGGGCUGUGUCCCCUGGCCCGGGCGGCAGAGGAGGGAAGGAACCUCUCCAAAACCUGCAAAGAAAUGCUCAGCGCCUCCUGCUCACUGCGGGGACCCCUCCUGCUUUGGGGGAAGUGUCACAGCCCCUGCCCUCGGCUGGGAAAUUCUCCUGGACAAGACAAACACCAAACCCCGAGGAAAGGCAGGAACCUCCUCACC